AUGUACAGUGUUCGAUACCUGUGCCAAUGUGAAUACCACCGACGUUAUGGAUCUAAGUGUAAAAAAGCAUAUCCUGGUAUUUAUUCUUUUCCGGUGUUGACCGAAUUGGAUCGAUUAAAUAAAAGUAGUGGUAAUAAUGAGUUGCGUGCGAAAGCUCGAGUAGCCAUCGGUCGGCUUCGACAGUUGCAUUCUAGCAGACAAGCCGAGUUGGAGGACUCCAACGAUUCCAGACGAUGUGUGGACGUAAUUAUGGCCGUCAAGAACGGCGAACGCACAUCGAGAUGCGCCUACCUAUUUCAAACCGCACUGCUACCUGAUUGCCUCCAAGCUAGUAAAACUCUCUUUAUGACCAACGACUGCAAUCUUUACCUGAAGGCGGCUGCUUAUGUCGUCGAAGCGCAUGUAUCGUUCCAUACUUGA